AUGUUUUGGUUCACUUCCACCGAACACGAAACACCUCACACCUGUCCUGUUACAGGUGUUCGGAGCCAACAUUACCUGGUGUCUGUCAUCGUCAACGCCACGUGUGUGACACUCUGUCUUGAUGGACAGCUGAUGUACGCCAGCUCCGGGGAGGCCGUAAGCGCGUCACGGUCCGGGUCCCGGCACUCCGGGGUGCACGUGGUUGCAGUGCACGAGGCACGGCCCAAGCUGAUGAUGGCACGGCACUUCCUGACGUACCAGCCGGCGGAGCACGCCCGGCUGGCCAGCUGUGUGAUGGGCGUGCAGCACGGCAGAGUGCUGGUGGUGAUGGGCGUGCCGGAAUGGAUCCUGUUCCUUGGAAGCGACGCGGAGAACGCCCUGGUGACCCUGGGGUCGGCGUGGGCGGCGCAGGCGGCGCAGGGGGAGGCGUGGGCGUGGGUGGGCGUAGUUGGCGGCGCUUCGCUGGCGGAGGCAGUGACCACGAGGGAGAUGGGAAGGUAUCCGUCGACGGCCCUUCUUCUAGACACCUUCGUGACCAAGAGCGUAGCGGCCACAGGUCGAGUACGGUGCGCGUGGUACAGUCUUCCGGAUCGAUGUUUGCAGGCAGCCUUCUGCGAGCGGUACGAGGGGUACAGUGACCUCUGUACCUGUAACGGCACCUUCUUCCCUGAGACCCGCAAGUUACAGGAGAGCAUCCUGACGAAGGAGAGCAUCCCUGUGGUGGUGGUGACCGCUAACAAGCCUCAUCACUUGUACAGAGUGUUGAGGAACUUGUUCAGCAUCCCCGGGGCGGCGCAGACGGAGGUGUUGGUGGCUGUGGACGGCGCCCACCAGGAGGCCCUGGCCCUGACGGAGGUGUUGGGCGUGGGCGUGGUGGUCCACAGACCAGAGGGCGUCGGCAACAUCCGCACCAACGCCAACGUCAGGUUCGCCCUCUACAGCGUCUUCAGGAGCUUUCCUCAAGCUGACAAGGCCAUAGUGGUCGAGGACGACCUCCUCCUCUCCCCAGACUUCCUCAGGUACUUUCACCAUGUGUCUCCAAUCCUGGACCUGGACCCGACCGUCUUCUGCGUCAACGCCUUCAGCAGCAACAGCUUCGUGGAUACCGCCAGCGACCCCAGUGUACUGUUGAGAGCUCGCACCUAUCCCAUGUACGGAUGGAUGGUAUCCCGAGCCUAUUCCACCGAGGUCCUCAACAACUGGGUGCGUCCGGGGAUAGGUGACUGGGACUGGUGGCUGACGUGGGAAGACCUGCGGAAGGGCCGAGACGUGGUCUUCCCUGAAGUCUCGAGGACGUUUCACGCGGGGUCUGCAGGAAUACACGUCAGUGGGUUCGAACAGGAGGUUUACUUCAACCGCAUGAUUUACAACAACAUGAGCCACGUCCCCCUCAUGGAUAUCAACUUGUUGGUUCGAGCGAGAUACGAGGAACAGCUGCGUUAUGACCUUACUGUGGCCUCCAGGCAGGUCAUAAUCCCUCGUGACCUGUGCGACAUGUCGUGGCUCACCCCUAACACCUCUCGCCCCCUCCUUCUCUACGUCUACGCCGUCGACGACAACGACGAACACGACAGCUACAAGAUCUUUCUCACGUGCUUCCGGACGUACGACUUGAGUACGAGGGAGAUGUACAAGGGGGUGAUGAGGGUCAGGUGGCGCGGGACUGUGGUUUACUUGGUGGGCUGCCCCUUCUCCCCCUUCUGUCAUCUUGGUGUCGAGUCAUCUUGGUGUCGAGUCAUCUUGGUGUCGAGUCAUCUUGGUUUCGAGUCAUCUUGGUGUCGAGUUAUCUUGGUGUCGAGUCAUCUUGGUGUCGAGUCAUCUUGGUGUCGAGUCAUCUUGGUGUCGAGUCAUCUUGGUGUUGAGUUAUCUUGGUGUCGAGUCAUCUUGGUGUCGAGUCAUCUUGGUGUCGAGUCAUCUUGGUGUCAAGUUAUCUUGGUGUCGAGUCAUCUUGGUGUCGAGUCAUCUUGGUGUCGAGUCAUCUUGGUGUUGAGUUAUCUUGGUGUUGAGUUAUCUUGGUGUCGAGUCAUCUUGGUGUCGAGUCAUCUUGGUGUCGAGUCAUCUUGGUGUCGAGUCAUCUUGGUGUUGAGUUAUCUUGGUGUCGAGUCAUCUUGGUGUCGAGUCAUCUUGGUGUCGAGUCAUCUUGGUGUCGAGUUAUCUUGGUGUCGAGUCAUCUUGGUGUCGAGUCAUCUUGGUGUCGAGUCAUCUUGGUGUCGAGUUAUCUUGGUGUCGAGUCAUCUUGGUGUGGAGUCAUCUUGGUGUGGAGUCAUCUUGGUGUGGAGUCAUCUUGGUGUGGAGUCAUCUAAGUGUCGAGUUAUCUUGGUGUCGAGUCAUCUAAGUGUCGAGUUAUCUUGGUGUCGAGUUAUCUUGGUGUCUAGUCAUCUUGGUGUGGAGUCAUCUUGGUGUCGAGUCAUCUAA